CACCCUCACUUCCCUAGCCCGCCUCAGAGACUCCAAAAGCUUUGACCGGUGCUGUCACUCUGCAGACCAAAGCCAUAAUCAUGUCACUGCGAGACUGCCAGGCGUGGAAGGACGCUGGGCUCCCACUGUCAACCACAAGCAAUGAAGCCUGCAAGCUGUUUGAUGCCACCUUGACUCAGUAUGUCAAGUGGACCAAUGACAAGAGUCUUGGUGGCAUCGAGGGAUGCUUGUCAAAGCUCAGGGCAGCAGAUCCAACCUUUGCCAUGGGCCUUGCCAUCUCUAACGGCCUUGUGCUCGUUGGCACGGGAACCUCUGUGGCGCUGGACAAAGACCUGGCCCAGGCUGUGAAGACCAUGGUGGAGCUUUCCCAAACCCAGACUCUGACACCUCGGGAGCAACUGCAUGUGUCUGCGGUGGAGAUGUUUGCCAAGGGGAACUUCCCCAAAGCCUGUGAUCUCUGGGAACAGAUCCUCCGGGACCACCCGACAGACAUGUUGGCCCUGAAGUUUUCCCACGAUGCCUACUUCUACCUGGGGUACCAGGAGCAGAUGCGGGAUUCCGUGGCUCGAGUUUACCCCUUUUGGACGCCUGAUAUCCCCCUUAACAGCUAUGUGAAAGGCAUCUAUUCUUUCGGACUGAUGGAAACCAACUUCUAUGACCAGGCACAAAAGCUUGCCAAAGAGGCUCUAUCUAUCGAGCCGACGGACGCGUGGUCAGUGCACACUGUGGCCCACGUACAUGAGAUGAGAGCCGAGAUCAAAGAUGGGCUGGAGUUCAUGCAGCAUUCGGAAGGCCACUGGAAGGACUCUGAUAUGCUCGCUUGCCAUAAUUACUGGCACUGGGCCCUGUACUUGAUUGAAAAGGGAGACUAUGAGGCUGCACUAACCAUCUACGACAAUCAUAUCCUCCCUAGCCUGCAGGCCAGUGGUACCAUGCUGGAUGUGGUGGACAGCUGUUCCAUGCUCUACCGUCUUCAGAUGGAAGGGGUGCCCCUUGGCCAGCGGUGGCAGGCUGUUCUCCCUGUGACUCAGAAGCAUGCCCAGGACCACAUCCUCCUGUUCAACGAUGCUCACUUCCUGAUGGCCUCGCUGGGCGCACGGGACCUCCAGACCACCCAGGCGCUGCUGAGCACCCUGCAGGAGGCCAGCAAGUCCCCAGGGGAGAACUGCCAGCACCAGUUGGCAAAAGACAUUGGGCUGCCCCUGUGCCAGGCCCUCGUGGAGGCUGAGAACGGAAAUCCUGACCGAGUCUUAGAACUCCUCUUGCCAAUCCGAUACCGAAUCGUCCAGAUUGGGGGCAGCAACGCCCAGAGAGAUGUCUUCAACCAGCUGCUGAUCCACGCGGCCAUGACCUGCACCUCCAGCGUCCACAAGAAUGUGGCCCGGAGCCUUCUGAUGGAGCGUGACGCCUUGAAACCCAACUCACCCCUGACGGAGCGGCUGAUCCGUAGGGCAGCUGCUGUCCAUCUUAUGCAUUGACAACCGUCAGGCCUACAGCUCAACACUGACCUCCUGGCGUGAGGUUGACUGCCUGGUUGGGUUAGGGUAGGGUUAGGAAACAGCUGGGUCUGUUUAUCAGAGGUUAAAGUUCAGCCCUGAGCAGAAUUCUCCAAAUCAGUAGUUUGGUCGAAAUAGGGAACCCAAGUUAAUUUUGAGUGAUAUUCAGAAUUCCUCUCAGGGCCAACGUGCAUUUUUAAGCCUCCAGAACCAAAGCAGCGGCUAUCAUUUCCAGGUGCCUUGAACACUGUAUUUUCUUGCUCUGAAGCCAGCCAGGUUAGCUGGGAGGUGCACACUGCACACACAAAUGCACACUGCACACACAAACACACACUGCACACACAAACGCACACUGCACUAGUGAAACCUUUCCACUUAGUUUUCCUUAUAUUCUGAACAGGUCCUGGUGUCCCAUUUCCCUGGGGAGGAUUCCAGAGAGCCACCUGGGGUCCCAGCGAGCAGAGGCAUUUCCUUUCUGGGGGAGGGUAUCUGUCUCAUUGGCUUUGGUUGUCAGCCCCAGACAACUGCACCUGCCACCAUCCCCAGAGACGAGGGGAAGGAUGCCUUCUGCCUCCCUGGGGGACUUGGUGGCGCCAACUGGAGCUUCUCUUUAGACUGCACAUGGGAGUAGAGUUGGAGGGAUGUGGCUUCCUGGGCUAACUCUGAUUCUGCUCCUGUGAGUGGGUCUGAGACCCCAACGGUCUUAAGUCAGGGUUCUAUUGCUGUGAAGAGACGCCAUGACCAAGGCAACUCUUAAAAAAGAAGACCUUUGCCGGGCCUG